CGUUACCUUCAUAAUCCUACACAUGAUAAGAAAUGCAUCACUUCUGUAAUACCAUGCAGCUACACCAGGAAACUUUAGCAAGAUGCUAUAAAGAAGGCUGGGUUCCUGUAGCAUUGAAACAUGACAAGCUUCAAGAUUUCAACGACUUUGAUCUAAGCCACUGAACACCGCUCACAAUAUCACAGCACAUCGGCUGUUUUAUAUAAGCACCGAUCUCUCAUUAACCCCAACAAUCUCUCCGAGUUCAAGUUCGUUUACGUCGCUCUGUCUCAAAAAUGACUUCUUUCGAUGAUCACGGCUUCCCCGUAGUUCACCUUUCGAGCGAUGGCUGGUCAACUGAGGACGAAGCAACUGCCACCUGCUUCUGCGGAGCUGUGCAGCUCGUACUUCCACUGAAAAAGCCCGGUUUGCUCAAUCGCCAUGUCUGCCAUUGCAUCGACUGUCGCAAGAUCGGCUCAGCCUUCUACCAAUCCAAUAUUACAGUAGACGACACAUAUCUCAAGCACGUCCGUGGUGAGGACAAUCUCUCAACCUUUAGUGAGGAAAAGACCAUUCGCGCCAACGCGACCAUGACCAAUUACUUCUGCAAGACAUGCGGUACUCUCAUGUAUCGUCGUGGCGCUCGUUUUCCAGGCUUGACGAUUCUGAGGACCGGUACUGUUGAUGAUCUCAGCCUUGCAGAUACGAAAUUGAGACCGCAGGUUGAACAAUUCAUCGAGAGACGAGCUUCUUGGUCUAAACCCAUAGAUGGCGCGGCACAGGUUGUUGGGAUGCACCAGCCUUCGGAUAUUGAGGGUAUCCCUUAGCCUACUCACUAGAAUCGAAUGAUAUGAAGAUAAAGCUCGAUUUAAUGGCAUUUAAGUUCCUCAUAUAAGC